AUGACGAAAGCCGACAGAACAUGGGCGACGGCGCAAACGCCAGUUCCACCCAACGAGCAUGCCGGUGUCGAAAGACCAACAGGAUGGAAGUACAAGAAAUUGAAAAUCGGGCCGGUCACUCUCCCAUGUUAUGCGUCGCCAGAGUCGCAGUUGGUCUUGGUCUCAUUCGUCUGCUUCCUCUGUCCUGGCAUGUUCAACGCUGUCAACGGGAUAGGAGCCGCAGGUAUCGACGAUGAUGGAAAAGCUAGCAACGCCGCCAACACUACGCUUUACGCUACCUUUGCCGUCGUCGGCUUCUUUGCUGGUACCAUCACCAAUGUCCUGGGUAUCCGCAUUGCGCUCUCGUUUGGAGGUCUCGGUUACUGCGUAUACGUCAGUUCAUAUCUGUGUUUUAAUAUCACUCACAAUCUCGGCUAUGUAGUCUUCUCAGGCUUCUUGCUCGGAUGCUGUGCCGGAAUUCUUUGGGCUGCGCAAGGCGCGAUCAUGAUGAGUUAUCCAUCUGAGAAGCUCAAGGGGAGGUAUAUUUCUUGGUUCUGGAUCAUUUUCAAUAUGGGUGCUGUUAUAGGGGCCCUGGUUCAACUCGGCCUGAACUUCGACAAUACAGGUGAUGAAAAAGCAGCAGCCGUCACCAACGGGACGUAUAUCGGUUUCAUGAUCCUUACUUUCCUGGGCGCGUGCCUUUCUUGGACACUCAUCGAUGCCAAACACGUUGUUCGUAGUGACGGCUCCAGGAUCAUCCUUAUGAAGCAUCCAACCUGGCAAUCUGAGAUUAUUGGCCUUUGGCAAACACUGCGCACGGAUCCAUACAUCAUCCUUAUGUUCCCCAUGUUCUUCGCCUCAAACUGGUUCUAUACGUACCAAUUCAACGACGUAAACUAUGCGCGAUUCACUGUGCGGACCCGCGCUCUCAACAACGCGAUAUACUGGCUAGCUCAGAUACUGGGCGCGGGCGUGUUCGGGUUCGCACUAGACUUCCACAAUAUCAGGAGAACUACAAGAGCGAAGUGUGCUUGGUUGGUCAUGUUCUUGCUCACGUUUGGCGUAUGGGGCGGCGGCUAUGCGUUUCAAAGACAGUACACCCGCGACGAUGCGUCUCCGAUAUAUGACUGGAAAGAUGGGGGAUAUGGAGGACCGAUGGUUCUGUACCUAGCCUAUGGCUUCUACGACGCUGCAUGGCAAACAUGUGUAUAUUGGUUCAUGGGCGCCAUCUCAAACAACAGUCGCAAACUCGCAAACUUUGCCGGCUUCUACAAGGGCAUUCAAUCAGCAGGCGCAGCUAUAGUAUUCCGACUCGACGGCUACAAGAGGCCUUAUAUGGAUAUCCUCUUAUCCAGUUGGAUACUACUAGCAGGCAGCUUGGUCGUCGCGCUGCCAGUCAUGCUCCUCAAAAUCAAGGACACAGUACCGAUUGAAGAAGACUUGCGCUUCACAGACGAGACGAUUGAAGACGUCCUAGGCACGCGAGAAACGUAUCUGCUCGGUGGGCCGGAGAAAGCAUAG